AGCUUACCAUUUUGUCUCAGAGGAGCAGUUUAAGAAGUUAAUUGCUGAAAAUGGCUUCAUUGAAUAUGCUCAAUUUUCUGGAAAUUUCUAUGGAACAAAGUAAACAAAAAAAAAGCCUUUAAAAAAAACUCACAUCUAAUUUUAUUUAAGAGCAUUCUAUUUAUAUCAAUCAGUCUGUUAAUCUUCAUUUUUUGGUUAUCGUCAUGGUUACAUUAAGCAUUCGGAACAUUUCAGUAAAACGUCGGUGAAGGAGAUUACAAAUUCUGGAAAACUCUGUGUACUAGAUGUUGAAAUCAACGGAGUCAAAAAUAUAAAAAAAUCUGGCCUCAAGCCAACACCAAGAUACAUCUUCAUUAGCCCACCAAGCCCGGAAGU